AUGUCGAGUCGUUCAGCGCUUCGCAUUACCCGAGCUGCUGCUCCCUUUUUCUACAGCACUCGCGCAUCUGCGCCCAUCUCCAGAACCUUCCCUGCCGCUCAGCGAGCAUUUAGCCAAUCCGUCAUCCGCCCUAAGAGCGACGUCGUUCGCGAGACCGAAGUUCCCGUAUCGGUCUAUUCUCCAGACUCGAAGGGCACUGCUGGAUCUACGAGCGACCACUUCAGCAUUCCCGUAAACCGAGACGAUGCUAAGCCGAAGCCUUUCCCUCCCCCAGAGGAGACCGAGGUGGAGCCCCUCACUCGCAGUGUUUACCGCCAAUUGCCUCCCACGAUGCAGAAGAUGAGCAUAAUGGACAAAGUUGUGAUUAUCACUGGUGGUGCUCGAGGUCUCGGAAACCACAUGGCCCGCGCCUGCGCCGAGGCCGGUGCUAAGGCCCUAGUAAUCUUCGAUGCGAACCAAGAACUCGGUGACGAGGCCGCCGCUGAGUUACACCAAAAGACCCAACUGCCUGUUUCCUUCUUCAAGGUUGACGUUCGUGACGGCGCUGCCAUCAACGCUGCCGUAGACUCCGUUGUCGAGACCUACGGCGCCCCCGAUGUCCUAAUCAACAGUGCUGGUAUCGCCGACUCCAACAUUAAAGCCGAGACUUACGACCCAGCCAUGUUCCGUCGCUUGAUUGACAUCAACUUGACUGGUUCGUUCCUCAUGAGCCAGGCUGUUGGACGCUCGAUGAUGGCUGCCGGAAAGCCCGGUUCUAUCGUUCUUGUUGCCAGCAUGAGCGGUAGCAUUGUCAACUACCCCCAGGAGCAAUCCUGCUACAACGCUUCCAAGGCUGGUGUUAUCCAAUUCGGCAAGUCUCUCGCCGCUGAGUGGGCCAAGUUUAACAUCCGCGUCAACUGCAUUUCGCCCGGUUACAUGGACACUGCGCUGAACCGUGUUCCCGCCCUCGAGGCCCAGAAGAAGAUCUGGCGCUCUUUGACCCCCCAGGCUCGCCUUGGUAACGUUGAUGAGCUCAACGGGCUUUGCGUCUUCCUUGCCAGCGACGCCAGCAGCUUCAUGACUGGUGCCAAUGUAGCCAUCGACGGUGGCUACACUUGCUACUAA